CCACAGUCCAAUCUCACUCACAAACGCAAGCUAUCUCAGCUUCUACUCCUCUUCUCUUCAUUCACUGUACUCAAGAAAAAAUGGCCUCUUUCGCUUCUGAAACUUUCUUCAUACUUUUCCUUGUGAUCUCUCUGAUUCAAGUAGCUUUGGCUACAAGAAAGCUCAACGAGCUUGUGCAAGACCAGCCUCAGCUCUUGCAUUACCACAAUGGCCCUCUUCUUUCGGGCAAAAUCUCCGUCAACCUCAUCUGGUACGGCAACUUCAAGCCUUCCCAGAGAGCAAUCAUCUCCGAUUUCAUCACCUCCCUGUCAUCUUCUACAUCCCAAAAGGCCCAACCCUCUGUUGCCACCUGGUGGAAAACCACCGAGAAAUACUAUCAUCUCACCUCCAAGAAACAACACUCGUCUUUUUCCCUCUCUUUGGGAAACCAAAUACUGGACGAGAGCUACUCAUUGGGAAAGUCACUAACGUCCAAGCAAAUUGUGGAAUUGGCUUCCAGGGGUGACCAGAAGAACGCUAUUAACGUCGUUCUCACCGCCUCAGAUGUGGCUGUCGAGAAGUUCUGUCUUAGCCGGUGUGGGACUCACGGGUCUGCACCGGGCUCAAAGGCUGGUCACGUUAAGGGCAAGAACUACAGGUACGCUUACAUCUGGGUUGGGAACUCUGAGAUCCAGUGCCCAGGCCAAUGCGCGUGGCCAUUCCACCAGCCCAUCUACGGACCCCAGAGCCCACCCCUGGUCGCACCCAACAACGAUGUGGGUCUGGACGGCAUGACGAUCAACCUGGCUAGCCUCUUGGCCGGGACUGUGACGAACCCAUUUGGAAACGGCUACUUCCAGGGCCCGGCGGAGGCUCCCCUAGAGGCCGCAUCCGCUUGUCCUGGGGUAUAUGGCAAAGGGGCUUACCCUGGUUAUGCUGGGGACCUUUUGGUGGAUCCUACAACUGGUGCAAGCUACAAUGCUCAUGGAAGUAAUGGGAGGAAGUACAUGCUUCCUGCUUUGUAUGAUCCUGCAACAUCUUCUUGUUCAACUCUGGUUUGAUCAAAAAGGAGAUAGUGGAUUAGUUCCGGUAGAGCAGGAGACUAGUGGAAAAUGUGGAAUGUUUACGCUACGUAGAGAGAGAGGCAGAUAAUCCAAUUCAUUUAUUUGUUCAUUUAUUUUGGUUCUGCGGAUAAAUACAAGAGCAAAUUACUUUGGUUUGCUUCUUAAA